UUCGUUUCAUGUUCAUCCACAGUUCGUUCAUUCAUUUUAGAAAUUUGAUUGCGUUGGACGUGUGUUUAUUCGCGGUGGUGUUUGAAUUGGAAAGUUUAAUAGCAAAGCAUUUUUUGUCGCAAAGACUUAAUUGAAAACAGAAACAUAUAGGCAACAUGGGAAUAAAAUUCCUUGAAGUUAUUAAACCGUUUUGUAGCAUACUCCCGGAAAUUGCAAAGCCGGAAAGGAAGAUUCAAUUCAGGGAGAAGGUGCUAUGGACCGCUAUAACACUAUUCAUCUUCUUGGUUUGUUGCCAAAUCCCGCUUUUCGGUAUUAUGAGCUCAGACUCAGCUGAUCCAUUCUACUGGAUUCGUGUGAUCUUGGCCUCUAAUCGUGGUACACUUAUGGAACUUGGUAUUUCGCCAAUUGUGACGUCCGGUUUGAUUAUGCAGCUGCUGGCAGGUGCUAAAAUCAUUGAAGUCGGUGACACACCAAAGGAUCGUGCAUUGUUUAAUGGUGCCCAAAAACUCUUCGGUAUGGUAAUCACAAUCGGUCAAGCUAUUGUGUAUGUUAUGACUGGCAUGUAUGGCGAUCCAUCAGAAAUUGGCGCCGGUGUAUGUUUGUUGAUCAUCAUACAAUUGUUUGCUGCUGGUUUAAUUGUGUUAUUGCUUGAUGAGUUGCUGCAGAAAGGUUAUGGCUUAGGCUCGGGUAUUUCCCUCUUCAUUGCUACCAACAUCUGCGAGACCAUUGUGUGGAAAGCUUUCUCACCCACCACAGUAACAACUGGUCGUGGUACAGAAUUCGAAGGUGCCGUAAUUGCCUUAUUCCAUUUGAUGGCUACUCGUAACGAUAAAGUACGUGCUCUGCGUGAAGCUUUCUAUCGUCAGAAUUUGCCAAAUUUGAUGAAUUUAUUGGCGACCAUCCUGGUAUUCGCUGUUGUCAUAUACUUCCAAGGUUUCCGUGUGGAUUUGCCCAUCAAAUCGGCACGUUACCGUGGCCAGUACAGCAGCUAUCCAAUCAAACUUUUCUACACCUCAAACAUACCUAUCAUAUUGCAAUCAGCUUUGGUAUCUAACUUGUACGUCAUCUCACAAAUGCUGGCUGUUAAAUUCCAAGGAAACGUAUUCAUUAACUUGCUCGGUGUUUGGGCUGAUGUUGGUGGUGGCGGCCCAGCUCGCUCAUAUCCAAUUGGCGGUCUUUGCUACUAUUUAUCACCACCAGAGAGUGUAGGGCAUAUUUUAACUGAUCCAAUACACGCUAUACUGUACAUUGUCUUCAUGUUGGGCUCGUGCGCUUUCUUCUCGAAAACAUGGAUCGACGUUUCUGGCAGCUCAGCCAAGGAUGUUGCCAAACAAUUGAAGGAACAACACAUGGUUAUGCGUGGUCAUCGUGAAAACUCGAUGAUUCACGAAUUGAACCGUUACAUCCCAACAGCGGCUGCGUUUGGUGGUCUCUGCAUAGGUGCGUUAUCUGUAAUGGCUGACUUUUUGGGCGCCAUUGGUUCAGGUACCGGUAUUUUGUUGGCUGUAACCAUCAUCUACCAAUACUUCGAGAUCUUUGUGAAAGAACAAUCCGAAAUGGGUGGCAUGGGCACCUUACUGUUUUAAGUUGUUGGUGCUUUGUACAUUAAUUAAAUGAGAUAUUGUUUAUGAGACGUAACUCACUCACUCAAAGUAAUGUUUGCUUUGAGCCCAACGACUACCGCUACAUACAUAGUUUAUAUGUACUGUUACUUGUUCUAAACAUUUGAUCUAUGAAAUUUUAUGUAAGAUUUAAGCCUGUACGGACAGUUGAACCUAACGGAUUCAAUAUACUUCAUGUCCUCAACUCGCCACACAAAUCGCACACAUCAAUCAAACAUUUCCACAUUAAAAACAAAUGACUUAAGUCUUUCAUCUUUAUUAUGUAUGAUUUUUUUUUUUUUCUUUUUUAACUAACAAGUAGCGUCCAAUUUUAUGGUCGACUUUAAGAUGUUUCUUUGAAAAAUGUGUAAUGUGUUAUAUUUUUUAUAUUCGCGAAAUCGCAACGAAACCAUUACUGUGCGUAAGCGGUGACAUGGUAGCAACAACAAGAACAGUAACAUAGAAAACUUCAUUCAAACAAAAAGAACAUAAUAGACUUUCCUUAUGUUUAAUUUAAUAUUAUUUCAAUUGUUAUAUUAAUUGUGUUUGCGAUAUAGCAAUAGCUGAAAUGUUUACACUUACGACUCAUCAUGUGGUAGCGGUUGUCUAGCUAUAAACUGUCAGGGCAAGCAAUUAAUGUAAUAAUAUGCAAUAAUAUUAAGAUCUACAUAAUAGUUAAUUUAUACAGAAAAAAA